AUUCCGCUUCCUUCUCUUACCAUUCCGUCCUUCCCAAAAAAAGUCAAAAACCAAAUCAAGCCAAAAGCGCCCCCCCCCCUCCCUCUCUCUCUCAAGCCCACAGAUACCCUUUAUAGGGUGAGUAGAUUGGUGAGCUCAGAAUCUUUUGAAACCUUUGGGAAAAUACCCACUUUGAGUUUUAUCAUACACUCUUAUGGAUCGCCGCCUAAAGAUCUGAUUUUCAGCUAUUCUCGCACCAAGUGAGAAACUGUUGGAGAAGAUCUCAGAGACAGAAAGAGAGAGCCUGAGAAAUGGGAAGCAAAUGGAGGAAAGUGAAGCUGGCUCUGGGCAUCAACACGUGCCUCUACGUUCCUCAAACUCUAGACGAUUCCUCGCCGCCUAUCGUAUCCGCCGGCAGACCUUCCGACGCCGUUUCACCCACUCCGGGUCAUGGCCUAGGUUGUCAUCCCACAACGCCGACUCCAUCCUCUUCGGGGCUCCGCUUGUCCCUAACCGGACCCAAAUCUUCUAAGAGGACCUGUGCAAUAUGCCUGACCACCAUGAAACCAGGCCAGGGUCAUGCCAUUUUUACUGCAGAAUGCUCCCAUUCUUUCCACUUCCAAUGCAUUACGUCUAAUGUUAAACAUGGGAACCAAAUUUGUCCAAUCUGUCGAGCAAAAUGGAAAGAGAUUCCAUUUCAAAGCCCUACAUCUGAUCUUUCCCAUGGAAGGUCACGAAUCAACCCAGUAGGUUGGCCCCAAGAUGACGGCUGGAUGACUGUUCUACGACGGCUCCCUCCCCCUCGGUUAGACACAAGUCGGCAGAUUGCUUCAAUAUUUCAUGCCCCUGAGCCAGUUGUCUUUGAUGACGAUGAAGUUUUGGAUCAACGUCCUACUGAGCAACGUACAUCUGCUAAAGAAUCUGCUGAUGGCAAUACUAUUGGAACAAUAGACAUUAAAACUUAUCCUGAAGUUUCUGCUGUGACUAGAUCAGCUUCUCACAAUGAUUUCACUGUACUAAUACAUCUCAAGGCUCCAGUUACAAGUGAAAGACAGGAUAGCAACAGAAACCAGGCUGAAUUGCCACCAGUAUGUCAAAAUUCUCGUGCUCCAGUUGACCUCAUCACUGUGCUUGAUGUUAGUGGCAGCAUGGCAGGUACCAAGCUUGCUUUGCUGAAACGAGCCAUGGGCUUUGUUAUAGAAAACCUUGGUCCCUCUGACCGGCUUUCAGUCAUUGCCUUUUCCUCAACAGCCCGUCGCCUCUUUCCUCUUCGUCGAAUGACUGAUACUGGACGGCAGCAGGCAUUACAGGCGGUCAAUUCUUUGAUUUCAAAUGGUGGUACAAACAUUGCUGAAGGCCUAAGGAAAGGUGCCAAGGUGUUGGUAGACCGCAAGUGGAAGAACCCAGUUGGCAGUAUUAUACUGUUGUCGGAUGGGCAGGAUACAUAUACUGUCAGUAGUCCUGCUGGGGUUCGUGAUCAAGCAGACUACCAAUCACUUUUACCCAUCUCAAUCUGUCGUAAUAAUGGUGAAGGCUUGCAAAUUCCAGUUCACGCAUUUGGAUUUGGUGCAGAUCAUGAUGCUGCAUCAAUGCACUCGAUCUCUGAGAUCUCUGGGGGGACAUUUUCUUUCAUAGAAGCAGAAGGUGUGAUUCAGGACGCAUUUGCACAAUGCAUUGGAGGCCUCUUGAGCGUGGUAGUGCAAGAGCUACAAGUUAGAGUAGAAUGUGUUCACCCUAGUUUGCAACUCAGUUCAAUAAAGGCUGGAAGUUACCGAACCAGCAUGGCAGCGGAUAGAAGAAUGGGCUUUAUCGAUGUAGGCGUCUUGUAUGCUGAAGAGGAAAGGGAUUUUUUGGUGGCAAUCAAUAUUCCAGUUUGUUCCGACGAUGAGAUGUCAUUGCUAAAUGUUAGAUGCGUGUACAGAGACCCUAUUACAAAGGAGACGGUGACUUUGGAAGAAACGAAUGAAGUAAAGAUCCAGAGACCUGAAAUCACUGGAGAACUUGUCAUUUCCAUGGAAGUGGACAGGCAGCGAAACAGGCUUCGUGCUGCAGAGGCAAUGGCCGAGGCUAGAGUUGCGGCUGAAAAUGGUGAUCUAGCUGGUGCAGUGUCUGUUUUAGAGAGCUGUCGUAGGAUAUUGUCUGAAACUGCUUCUGCACGAGCUAGUGACCGUUUAUGUGUCUCACUCUGUGCUGAGUUGAAAGAGAUGCAAGAUAGGAUGGCAAAUCGCCAGGUGUAUGAGGCAUCUGGAAGGGCUUACGUUUUAUCCGGAUUGAGCUCGCACUCGUGGCAGAGGGCAACUGCACGAGGUGAUUCCACAGAUAGUACAAGCCUUGUGCAAGCUUACCAAACCCCAUCUAUGGUGGACAUGGUAAACCGGUCCCAGACAAUGAUUUUAGGGAACCCAGCACCUCAACGAUCUCUUCGACCUGCUCAAUCAUUUCCAGUCCGAUCACGACGGUAAUCAAUAGAAUGUCUCUGGAAAUUAUCCUCACACUACAUAUAUUCUAUAUCCGCAGACCUUUUUCUUUCUUUGUUAGCAUUGUCUUUUACCUUAUUGUGGUUUUGGGAAGUGGGGUAUAAUUGGAAAAUAGUUUUGGGUGUUAUGACAUGGCAGAAAAUAUUCCAUAGUUUUGCCAUGUAAGUGAAUAAGAAUAUUGGGGGAAGGUGUUCUAAUGAGUAAUGGGGGUGCUGAGAGAUAUGGUGAAAAGGGAAAGGUUGGGGUUGAGCAUUACAAGGUGUGAUUCUGUGGUGAUGUACAUAGAGAAAAUUCUGUUUCUUUUUUCAUUUCUUUGUUGAGAAGAAAGGGGGUAUAGCUUUGUAAUUGUGGGGAUACUUGGGGCUCACUUAAUUUUAAAUAUAUAUAUGACAUCUGCUCCUGAUUCUUUUCA